CCAUCGAGAAGCGUGUUGUUGGCGGAAGUACUUGAUACGUCGGUCUUGUAGUUCAUUCAAAUCUCCAUGUGGCUGUAAUUGUCGCGCUUAAGUCAGUCUGUGUCUUUUAAAAAUAUCAAAAUGGGUAAAAAGGGCAAGAAAGAAAAUAAAGUGAAAGGAGCGGUGAAAACAGCCGCGAAAAUGGAGAAAAAGGUGUCGAAAAGGUCGAAAAGAGAGGAGGAGGAUUUAGAGGCUUUAAUUGCAGAAUUUCAGUCCCUGGACGCGAAAAAGACGCAUGUGGUGGAGACGUCGUGUCCCCCUCCGUCCCCCAGGUUGAACGCCUCUCUGUGUGCGCAUCCCGAAAAAGACGAGCUGCUUUUAUUCGGAGGGGAAUUUUUCAAUGGGAAGAAAUCCUCGUUUAGGUUAGAGAGGUCUAAACUAACAGGAUUGACUUUUGACUUGGCAUCCUUGCCGCUUAUUGAAAUAUGUCCUCUUUGUCCUCUCAGAGCUCCUGGUGCCCCGUCUGGCAGGAGUGGACAUCGCAUGGUCCUGAGCAAACGACAGCUGCUUGUGUUUGGAGGUUUCCAUGAGAGCACCAGGGAUUAUAUCUAUUAUAAUGAUAUUCACGCUUUUAACCUGGACACGUUCACAUGGAGCCGUCUCCAGCCCACAGGAACUGGCCCCUGUCCCCGUUCAGCCUGUCAAAUGACCCCCACUCACGAUGGCAGUGGCGUCAUUAUCUACGGUGGAUACUCCAAAACGAGAGCGAAGAAGGAUGUGGAUAAAGGAACCAUCCAUUCUGACAUGUUCCUGCUGAGGAGGGAAGGCAAAGAGGAGCAAGAAAAGUGGACGUGGAUGCGAGUGAACCCUUCAGGAGUCAAGCCCCCUCCUCGGUCUGGCUUCUCUCUGGCAGUGGGCCCCGGGGGCCGGGCACUGCUCUUCGGUGGCGUCUGUGAUGAGGAAGAUGAGGAGUCUCUGGAAGGAGACUUUUUUAAUGACCUUUACUUUUAUGAUAUCAACAAAAACCGGUGGUUUCCUGCCCAGCUAAAGGGCAACAAGUCAGAAAAGAAGAAGAGGCGCCGUGGGAAGAAAGGAGAACAGAUGAAUGAAACUGAAGGGGAGAAAGAGGAGGCACAAGGUCCCACUGAGAUUAUUAAAGAGAUCGUGGCUGAGGAUGGAACAGUUAUGACCAUCAAGGAAGUGAUUCCAGCCGCACAGGCAGAGGAGGACAGUGAGGAGGAGGAGGAAGAGGAGGAGGUUGACGAAGACGAAGAGGAGGAGGCGGCUGCAAUGGCUCCCCUGGUGGAGCCCUGUCCUCGCUCCAGCGCCAUGGCAACGGUGAAGCAUGGCAAGUUGUACUUGUAUGGCGGAAUGUUUGAGGUGGGAGAUCGACAGUUCACACUCUGCGAUCUCUACAGCCUGGACCUGCAUAAGAUAGACAAGUGGGAUGUUCUAGUGGAAAUGGACCCCAAGACUCAGGAGUGGCUGGAAGAAUCAGAAUCAGAAGAAGAAGAAGAAGCAAAGGGGGGUGAGGAUGAGGAAGAGGGGGAAUCCGAAGAGGAGAGUGAAGAAGAUGCAGACCAUCCUCCAGUAAAGCCUGGAGAAGCGCUUGCGGAUUAUCAAACACGGACUGAGAAGUACUGGCUGGGUCUGGCCCGAGCCAACAUGGGUCCUGAUGCCAAAGAGAAGAAAGUACAAAAGGUCGGCCACGCCAUGGCCAAAGUGUUCUUUGAAGAUCAGGAAUGAGAUUAAAUGUGUGUGUGAGUAUGUGUGUUUGAGAAGAUAAUUAAAGGGUUUGUCUGUGAUAAAGAGAAUGGAUAUGUGUUAUCAUAUAUAUAUAUAUUAGCAAGCUGUGUGUGUGUCUGAAAGUGCACAAAAGAGAAUGAUUGGAUGACUUUUAAUGUUUAAAAAACAUGGCCUUACUCUUUUCUCACUAUUUUGUCAUGUGUUUUUUAUUAUUAAUAAGGGAAGCUGAACCUCAAA